AUGUCUGAGUACAGCUAUGCACCACCUCGGCACCGAAACCGGGAGCCCGAGUACGUGACCGAGACGACUUAUAUUGAGCGCGGCGGCCGUGGAGGCGCAGUGCGUGAUCUCGUCUACCGCCCUGCAGCCCGAGAGGACAGCAUCGAAGAGAUCCCCCGCGACUUCCCCCCUGGCACCGAAUUCAGACAGACCAAGUACCGUGAAGAGUAUGCGCCACCUCGUCGCACUCGUUCCAUGAAUCGUGGCUACGACGACGACUACUAUGACCGCCCUCGUCGCCGCGAUCGUGGUGGCCGUGACCGCGACUACGAUGACUAUUCCGAGUACUCUGAGCGCCCAAAGCCCUCGCGCCGCAAGUCCAUUGUCGACCAGGUAAAGAGCUUCGGCGAGUCGGCAGGCCUAGGAGGAAUCAUCGGCGCCGUCACUGGCCGCGAACGCUCCCGCUCCCGCUCUCGCUCUCGUGACCGCGAUCGUUCCCGCUAUCGUCGGGACGACCGUGGAUAUGACAGCGACAGGCAUGGAUAUUACGAUGACCGCCGAAGCCGUUAUGGCUCCCGUUCACGUAGCCGUAGCCGAGGAGGUGCCAAGGAAAAAUGGGAGCAGGCUGCUAAAGCUGCUCUUGUCGCUGGUGCUGUCGAGGCCUUCCGUAGCCGCAAAGAACCAGGCCCCUGGACUGGUGCCAAAGGCCAACGUAUUGCCACUGCCGCUAUUGGUGCAGCUGGUAUCGACGGUCUCAUCGACAGAGACGGAAAGCACGAGAAGAGGCACGUUGCUGAAUCCGCCUUGGGCGGUCUUGUUGCUUCACGCCUAGCCAACGGCUCACGCUCGCGCUCUCGUGCUCGCGGCCGCGAUGGCUCCAGGUCUCCUUCUCGAUCCCGCUCUCGUGCUAGGUCCAGGUCUAGGUCCAUCUUUGGACGCUCUCGUUCCCGUGGACGUUCCCGCUCUCACUCAAGCGAUGACGGCAAUCGUAAUGGUCUCGCCAAGGUUGCUGGCACUGGUGCUGUACUCGCUGCAGGAAAGGCUCUCUACGACCGUGUGCGCUCCAAGUCUCGUUCUCGACGCGAGCGAUCUCGUUCUCGCUCUUCCAGCUCCGACAGCUACGUACCAUCGCGUAGGGGCAACCGCCGCUCGUACAGCCGAGGCCGCGGUAUGGACGACCAGUAUUCCGAAGCCCCUUCCAGGACUAAUUCAGAUCGCAGACUAGCUGCUCCCGCUGCGGCCGGCGCAGGUGCUCUAGCAGCACAAAGCGGAGGAGGAGAACGGGGGCGAUGGAAUCCUAGUAGUGAUUCCGAGUCGUCCACCGAUAUGGAGGAAAAGCGCAAGAAACUUCGAGGUAAGGAGCUUCUCACUGCGGGUUUGGCUACGGUAGCCACGAUCCACGCCGCCCACGGAGUAUACUCGUCAAUGGUCGCCUCGGAAAACCGUCGCAAGCUCGUCAGCGAAGGAGAAAUGUCACCAGAAGAAGCACGUAAACGAAAAUCCAAAAAUAUGCUCCAAGACGCCGCUGCCGUGGGUAUUGCUGCGCUUGGUAUCAAGUCAGCAUACUCUGAAUGGAAAGAGAUGAACGAGCAGCGUCACAGCGUCAAGGAGCUCGAAGCCCGUCGUCGCAAGAGGAGAAAGAUGAGAGAACGACGAGAGAAGGAGGCCCGCCUCAAUGCACUCGGCAAUAUGAAUGGUCCAGGCGCUAAUCCGUACGCAUAUCCUGUAGCUGCCAACCAGCCCUACCCUGCUACAUCCUAUGCUGAUUCCAAUCCAUACGGUGCCGCUGUGCCGCCGCCACCCAUGGGUGCUAGGUACUAG